AUGUAAAAAUAAAAUAUUUAAUAUAGCACCAUAAAACAAGGAAAAAUUCCAAUCCAAAAUACUAUAGCAAAUAAAAAUAAUAAUGCUGACUACACAUUUUAAUUUAUUCCCGAAACAACCGUUCCAUCUGGCGGUAUUUUACAAAUAUAAUUUCCUUCCUAAUAUAAUCCGGGUUUAGGAAUAGUAGCAUUAUCAAAUAUUUGCGACCGCCCCUGCACAAUAACUGAUAAUACAGUAACCUUUGAAUUUUCUGAAGAAAUAUUAGGCAAUAUAGAAAUUUAAGUUUCCAUAUAUUAAGUAUUAAACCCCUCCAUAACAGGCGGUACAGGUAGUUUUUAUGUCCGAACAUACAAAGGAGUGAAUUUGUUUGAUGAAAACCUUAUUUUUGGAGAACUUGGAAUAGCUGGGGAUAUAAAUACUUUAAUUUCAACAACUGUAAAAGUGGAUUCCUCUGGAACAUAGGCCGCAGGAGAAUCGACUAAAUACAAUUUCGCGUUUAAAACAGAUUAAGAUAUCCCCAUGAGCUCAUACAUAGAGUUAUGGAUCCCUUCUCGAGCAGGUAACUACCUUAGUUCAGAUUCUCCUUACGAUUUUGAAAUUUCUGAUAACCCUUCAUGCUCUACCUACCCUAUUAAUGGCAUAAAUAUUAAAGCUUAGAUAUAAUGCGAGAAAGUCAAGGGAAAAUAGAUAAUUUAAAUCACAGGACUUCUUGCAGAUUUGAAAGCAGGGUCAGAUGUUGGUAUUAGUGUUUCGAUGACUAAUCCAAAAAUUUCUCUUUUUACAAAUGAUGCGUAUUAGAAUGAAAGAUUUAGAAUUGUAGUGUUUCGUAUCGGUACAAAAGUGGUUUAUGGAUGGAGUAAUCCUAUAAAUGGAUUUUAAAUUACAACGGGAAAAAUGCAAUAUGUGAGAUUUUAUAAAAAACUAAAUAAUGCAGUUGAGGCUAAAGGAAAAAUCAUUGAUUAUUAUCUCAAAAUACUGCCCAAAAAUCCAUUACCUAAAGGAUCUUUAUUAUAAAUAAAAUUUCCUUCUCCCAAUUUUUUUUUUUAAAAAGAUGUUGAUUAAAAAUCCUCUUUUUAAAUUCUUUAUGGGCUAGAAGAUGAUACAUCAAGUAAUAAUUCUAUUUUAGAAGAUUUCAGUUCAAGCGGUGAUACUAUAUAAUUAUCAAAUUAUGCAGAAUGUCUUAUUCCUACAGAAAUAGCCUUUUUUUUAAGAAUAUAACUACCUGAUUUAUAAGGAAAAACAAAUCCUAUUGUAAUAUCCACAUUUACGGAUUCUUCCAAAAAUGUAAUCAUAGAUAUGGAUUCUACUUAAGCUUUUACAACUGUAUUAGAUAUAAACUCAUCAAAUUUAUAAAUAUUAUCUAAUAAUAUGGGGCCAGAAAGAUAUUAUUAAGCGAAUUCAUAAAUAAAGUUUUCUUAUAAUUUCACCCCUUCAGCUCUAUUGAUAGGUUCGACAAUAUAUCAAUUAACAUUUCCUGAAUAAUUUACAAUAAAAACAAUAAUACUACCAUCAUAUUGCUCCAUUUAAUAACAAGGAGUUUCUUUUGAAUCUUUCCGAUGUAAAAAGUAAGAUCAAAUAAUAUAUUAUUAUUAAAAAGCGAACAACUUACUUUCUAAUGGCGUCUUAGCAUCAAUGCAAUUAUAAUUUGGAGCAAAUACAUUCAUAGACUCUCCGAUUUACGAGGGUGUAUUUUUAAUUGAUGUCGCAAUAUUUUAACCAGAUGGUUUUACUUACGUUUAAAGUUUUAGUUUAGUAGUAAUCAUAUAUCCAGAACCUAUUUAAAGAAUAAAAACUCUUUAAUAUAUGAAUUUUAACAACCCAGAUUUAGUGUCAAUUCGAAGUGGUAUAAUUGAAAUUGAAUUAAAGACCUAAUCAUUGAAAUUAAUCGAAGGUAAACCUAAAUUAAAACCCACAGACCCUUAAGGGUAUAUUGAUGUGGUAUUUGUUGAUAAUUAUGAUAAUUUUCCGGACGUUUCAGUAUAUAAAGUAGGCGAUAGUUUUCCUUGUAAAAACAUAGAGGGUAUUUUCCCCCUUAUAAACUAGUAAAUAAACUGUGUUUUAUUAGAAGACUAUGAUAUAAAUCCUAGUUAUGGUACAAUAUCUGCAACAAAACGGAAGAUAGUAAGAAUGUAAAAUUUCAAAGAAAUAGGUAUAAACUCAUUAAUAAAAUUCCAUUUAGUGAAUAUUUUAAAUCCUAGACCAUCUGCAUCACCCGCUAUAUCAGAUGAUGGGACUAUACGAGUACUAUUAAAAACUAAAACAAACAGAAGGGAAAAAAUAAUUAAUAUUUCAGAUCUCUUGACUGUUAAAUAUAAGACUAUGGCAGCCUCAAGCCCUCCUAGUUUAAGUAAUAAAGACUAUAUUAAAUUCUAUCCUUAAAAACCUAUAUAAUAAGAAUGGUUUGCUUUAAUUUUCUUCCUAGAUUUAACUCUAGUAUUAGAAGUUGGAGACAAAUUUAUCAUUUAACUUACUAAUAUAGUUGAUUUAGGUUUUUUUCCAGAAAAUGAAAGCAUUACAGUAGAAAUAGCCGCUUAAAAUAUUAAUUCAAUUACUAAUCCAUAUAUUUAAACAGGCACUUAUAUAUAAAAAGCAGUAUUUUAUAAUGAUUUAAAUUGGCUACUUUUAGAAAUUAUAAAUGUAGACAAAACCACAAACAAUCUAACUGGGAAUCUAGUAGUAAUCCUAAAAAAUUUAAUAUGGCCUCGAUAUUAUUUAAAAUUCGAUAAAAUUAUAUAUAAAUAUCUACCAGUAGACUCAUCGAAAGUUCAAUCAUCUAAUAUAUCUUAAGUUUCAGUUGGAAACCAACCCCUUUCCCCUUCAUACGCAGAAUUUGUAAAAGUGGAAAUUCUCGUCCCUUUCAAAGCCCCGAACUAGCCUGGAGUUUAUUUCGAAAUUAUAUGCACGCCUUCAGUAGAUCAUCCUGAUAAUUUCCGUCUUUUAUUAACUUUCGAUUCUAAUUAUAAACUAACAUCAAGUAUUCCAAAACCUAUUUUUUCAAUUCCUUAAUUAAAACCUUUUGAUAAAACUUAGAUUAAAUAUAAUUUCUAUAACUCAUACACAGUAGAAUUCACUAAUAUAGCUUUUCACCCUAAAUACGCCCCUUUUAAAAUAAUUUGUGAAGGCAUCAAAAAUCCUAAUUAAAACCCAACUACAACUUCUCUGAAUUGGAAAAUUUAAACUUAUGUAGAUUCAUUUAUAGAAAAUGAAACAUAAACUGUAUAUAAUAAAAUAAUAAAUAAAUAUGGUGCUUUUACGUUCGGUGAUCCUUUUUCUCCUGAUAUAAUAAUAUAUUAAGGGAUUAAUGCUUUUCCUAGAAAUGCAAUAGAAAAAUCUAUUUAUACUAUUUCCUUUAUCCCUUCUUAAUCUUUUCUUAAAAAAACUAUUAUAGAAGUUUAAUUUCCUUCGUCAGAUUACCCUAUUCUACCUAAUCCUCCUAUAUGUUCUCUUUCUGGUGGUCUCUCCACUAUGGAAAGUUGUAUUUUAAAAAAUGCUGAUACAUAUUAAAUUAUAACAGACACUUAAUAUGAUUCCGGAGUUAUUUAUUUUUCAAUUAAAAAUAUUUAAAAUCCCCUUUUACCUAAGACUACUUAACCUUUUUCAAUUAAAAUUAUCUAUGACGGCACUAUAAUUAACGACACAGACUCUUCCUCAACAAUAAAUCGUACAAUUGUCAUCAAAAACCCCACAAACAGACUAACAUGUUCCAUAUAAUCUUUUAUCCCUAAAAAUGAGGCUGAAAAGUCCACUUAUACUUUCAACAUUCUUCCCACCACUGCCCUAACCUCUAAAAGCUUAAUCUAUAUAGAAUUCCCUCAAAACUAUGACCAAAAUCUCGGCCGAGAAACCCUAAAAUGUACAUCAAUACAAGGUCUUAAUAAAGAAAUAGGCUGUUCAAUAAAAUAAAGGAUAAUAACUCUUUUUGGAAUUACCAAAUAUACCCCAUCCCCUUCAAAUCAUAUAAUAUUAGCAAUUUCGGGAAUUAUAAACCCAAAUUUGAUUCCUCCUCCUGCAGUUUUGGGAUUUUUUAAAGUCGGAACUUAUAAUAUUUACGAUGAUUUUUUUAUCGAUUUUAAAUCGGAUAUUCCUGCCCAAAACACACUCUAGGCCCCUACUUGGUUAAAUAUGAAAUAAAUGAAAUCUUCGAACUAAUAUAUUAGAGUAAACGCGGAUUAUGAAAUGCUCUUCUAUAUAGGAACCGGUAAUGAUAAAUUACCAUCUUAUUAAAGUAAUAAAGGAGAAAUUAAAGUCUAGUUUCCCCAAUAAUAUGACAUUUUAUAAAAUUUAAAUGGAGCUUGUAGUUCUGAUAAAAUACUUUCAGCUGAUAUUAAAUGCUAGUUUAAGGAAAACGAAGUCUAGGUAUGGGGAAAAGAUGCAAUUGAAGGCCAAGAAAUUAAAUUAGUUGUUUAAAAUGUUCCAAAUCCAAUAGAAGAAGGAUAUAUAGACAGUAUAGUAAUUAAAACUUUCGAUGGGACAAUUUAAAAAAUUAUAUAGAAAACUUUCCUUAAUUUAGAUCCUACGAACCUUUCUUUUACAGUACCAGGGCCAAUUAUUACUGUAAAUGAAGAUUAAACUAUUAUAUUAGAAAGAGGAACUGUAAGUAAACCUAUUAAGGUUGGAGUGGAAUAUCCCUGUGCUUAGAAUUUAACACUAACAGCUACAUUUUCAUAAAUAGGAAUUGAUAUUAUACCUGAAAAAAUAUCACUUAAUGUAGGCGAUUUAUAUGCAUAAUUCUAAGUUACGGUUGCAGAAAAUUAUAAUGGAGGAAUAUAUUAUAUAUAUUGGUAAAUAUAAGUUGAAACAAAUAAAGACUAAAAGUCGGAACCAUUAUUAUAUACAUUAAUAAAAAAAACAUAAAUUUAAGUAAAUAAUUAAAAUUUUAUAAUAUAUAUCAAUUAUAUACAUAAAUAGAUUACAUCUAAUAAAAAUAUACGUAUAGAUAUAAAUACAUUAUAAGAAAUCCCCAAAAACGGCUGGUCUUUGCCCAAUUUAGUCUAAACAGAUUACGCUCCAAAUGAAUAAGUUGAAAUAUAAUUAAGUUUUGCAGAAACAUAUAGUGGAAUUAGUUUAUCAACUUAUAAAUUAACACUUACUAAUAAAAUAUCUGGUUUGUAUUUUUAUUUAAAUUGCACUUAAAACAGUAUUAUUGAAAAAGGAAAAAUUAACCUAAAUUUAUAAGGAAAAAAUAAAGAUGUAUAUAUACUAAGUAGGACAACUUUAGAUUUUAUAAUAAUAAACGAAAUAACAGAAAUGCCUUUAAUAACAGAUUUAAUCAAUACAUAAACUAGCUAGACAAAAAUAGAUCUAAAUAUAGGAACAUCGGAAGUUUCUUAAGUUUUUUUCAUGUUAGCUUUAAAAGGAACUAAUGUUCCAAAAAUUGAAGAUGUACUUUAUUAAAAUAAGCCGCCUGUAGAAACCACUAGAUCAGUCUAUGGUAGUGCAAUUAUAGGAAAAACUAAUAAGGGAAUAGUAAAAAUUAAUAACUUGGAGGCUUAAGUAAUAUAUGCAGUUUAUGCUUAUGCAGUCAAUAGGGGUGGAAAAUGGAGUGAAUUGAAAACUUUUGAAUUUCAAACAUAAAAUAGAUAUCCAGCAGCUGAUUUUACAUUAUAAUUUAAUUAAGCAUAUUUAAAUUAAGCAGAAAAAGAUACUAUUAAAAAAUCUAUAGCUUUUAUUUUAAGUUUGAAUAAUAAAUAAGUAAUAGAAAAAAAGUAUAACUUAUAAUUUUCAAGUUUAAUUAGAAAUUUAUACUCGUAAACUACUUUUUUAUAUCUGUAAAUAUUUUCAAAUCCAUUAACAGAAAAUUUCCCCCCUCCUAUAAAAAUAAUAGAAUACUUAAAAAAAUAUUAAAUAAACAAUCUUUCCUAAAGAAUAAAUAAUUUAGAUUUAAACUAUUAAAUUCCUUCAUCAAAUUUCACUUUUUAUAAUGUUUCUCUUUUAGAAUCUCCUACAAUAGUAGAUACUUAAACAAAUUAAGUUACGAUUUAAAUUUCUCUAAAUAAUUAUGGCUGGGUUUUCAUGACUGCAGCUAAAACUAAUUAUGAUAAAGGUAAACCUAAAAAUUAAUAGAUCUUUUGGGGAUAUAAUUAAACAAAUUAUAUUGUACCGUCUAACAAUUUAGAAAUCGAAAUACCUUAUAAAAAAUAUAAUUAAACAAUAAUUAAUCUUGAAGAAAAUACAUAAUAUAAUAUAUAUAUGGUAAUAGGUAACAUACAUCCAGGAUAUCCUGAUCUAAAUAAUGAUGAUUAAAUUUAACUUAUUGACGCAAAAACAUUCUUUGUACCGAAAAGUUAAAAAAAAAAAAUAUAUAAAAAUAUAUAUUUAUAUAUAUAAAUAUAUUAAAUAUAUUUGUAUAUUUUAUUUUCAUUAAUAUAUUUUAUAGUACCUAAUUUAGAUCUUUAUGGAAAUUUUUUAGUGUUUAUUUUAAGUAAUAUUAUUAUUUAUAAUAUUUUAAUCUGA